AUGUGUCAUCCCGCCCAUUUGAUGGAGCCUUACACGGAGCCAAGGGCAGCAGUGGCUGGCCUCGAAAGGGCCAGUAGUAUACUAGGCGAAGACUUAGAAGUCAAGAUGGAGAAGAUGCCACGGAGCACAGAGAAACCGUUGGUGUCCCUACUGAGUGGACUUGCAGAGCGGAUGGCUAAGCUGUAG